CGGGCCUUGUUCGCCACAGCCGGACCGGUGUAGCCACUGAGCUCGAUCAAACCGGUACCAUGGUCAACUGCGAAGGCUCAUUCCAGCUGGUGUCGACAGAGAACGACGACGCCGUCUUUGUGGCCUUGGGCAUGAGCUUUGUAAUGCGAAAGAUGAUCCAGUCCAUCAAGCCGACCAUCACCGUUGCCAUCAACGGCGACCACUGGACCAUAACAACGAAGACCUCCAUCAAAACAAAAGUGCAUGAGUUUGACCUGGGCGUGCCGCACAAGCUCACCCGAGUGGAUGGCAAAGUCGUGACCGGCGUCGUGACGAAGGAGAACGACCAUAAACUCCUCGAUAAGCAUACGGACGACGCCGGCGUGACGGUGAUCGGCACCCGGGAAUUCACCGACACGCAGAUGGUGCACACCAUGAGAGUUGGCGACAUCGUCGGCGUGCGAACCUACCAGAGGAUAUAGGCGGCCGCCGCGGCCUCCAGCGCGACCAUGGACUACCGCAGCAAGGCUGGAAGGAGAGAGAGAGACAGAGACGGAGAGAAGGGGAGGGAUGAGAAGGAGAGGAGAAAGGGGUUGAGCGCAGCCAUCAACCAGCCGCGGCAGCGUUUGACGUCGUCGCCGCGCGAUGGCUAAAAGAGGAGCAUAGGUGUGUUCCCGUUCAGCAGAUGGACGACUGAAGCACAGAUCAAGGAUGACGUCAUAAGUGUGCAUGGACAGAAAUCGAAUGGUGUCGCAAUCGCAGCUAUUGCAUAUUCGUUUUUUGGGGAAAUGGGAGAGCAGGAGUGUGAUGACGCAUGGAAGGCGUUUAUGUGAUGGUCCUAACUUCGAGUGACGUGUCUUGAUACUGGCGGCCUCUAGCGGCGCGUCCGCCCGUUAAUACAGUUGUGACUGGCCCAGGCAGUUUACUACUGGUGACAUGCACGGCGUGUCGAUUUU